AGGUGAUGGUUUAACGAUUUAAGAGAUUAAUCUCCACCACUUAAUUAAAAACUGGUUCGCGGAGCUAUAAUCUGGAAUGCCUCUUCUUCCUGUGUCAAAGCAAACAUGCUCCUGAUCUCAAUGUUCUCGUGGACAACAGACGCCUUAUAAUUGCAUCUCCUGCGAAAAGUUAUUACAUUCGCAUUUGGUUCCAAAACACACAAAUCCCAAUCACGUGGUAUUUCCAAGCCCGAAAUUCAGUGAAAACACACGCGGUACUCCUGAGCUCCGGUGAAUUCAGCUUGAUAUUGUUACUGUUCUGCGUUACUGAUUCCUCGGGCGUGAAUUGCGACUUCAAGGCUAUUCAGAUGGUCUUGGAGACGCAAAAUCCAAGCGCAACGAGCAGAUUUGGGCUUCUCAAUAUUUUGGGGCGUGAAAGAUGUGAAAGCUACUUGCUUUUUCAUGCUGAAACAGCCCUGGGUAAUGGGUUCAGGACCUUCUUGUAUUUUCUUGCCCUAGCUUAUUGUUUCCUUGGAUUAUCAGCUAUAACUGCUCGGUUCUUCCGGUCUAUGGAGAAUGUGGUCAAGCAUUCUCGAAUGGUAGUGGAGAUAGAUCCGGACACUAGUACUGAAGUUAUUAGAUAUGAGAAGGUGUGGAAUUAUGCAAUUGCAGAUAUUUCCUUGCUGGCAUUUGGAACUAGUUUCCCUCAGAUAUCAUUAGCAACUAUUGAUGCCAUAAGGAACAUUGGGAACCUGUAUGCUGGAGGAUUGGGUCCUGGAACACUUGUUGGUUCUGCUGCAUUCGAUCUUUUUCCCAUCCAUGCUGUUUGUGUGGUGGUUCCCAAAGCUGGAGAAUUGAAAAAGAUAUCUGAUUUAGGUGUUUGGCUUGUGGAGCUCUUUUGGUCUUUCUGGGCUUAUAUUUGGCUGUACAUAAUUUUGGAGGUAUGGACUCCCAAUGCCAUUACACUAUGGGAGGCCUUAUUAACUGUACUGCAGUAUGGUUUGCUGCUAACACAUGCUUAUGCUCAAGAUAAGCGAUGGCCUUACUUAUCGUUUCCUUUUGGAAGAACUGAGAGGCCUAAGGAGUGGGUACCAGAAGAGGUCACUUCAUGUAAACAUCAGCCCAUUGUUUAUGAAGGAUACUCCGAGAAUAUUCAAAUUGGCGAAGAUGAAAGCAGGAAUGCUGUUGAUAUAUUCUCCAUCCAUUCAAAUGUUGGGACAGGUACUUGUGUCACUGCAUUAUUAAAUCCAGUAUAUCAGAAAGUGCCCGAAACAGAUGAUGCAGCUGAAUGCUCCAAAAAUAAUUUUCACAGUGAGCAAGAUUUCAAUGUGGUUGCUCUUUGGAAACAGCAAUUUUUGGAUGCAAUCGUGUUGGAAAGCCUGGAAUCAAGAAAAUUAGUCAGUAUUCAUAUACGGGUGGCAAGAAUUUUCUGGGAAUUACUACUUGCACCUUGGAGACUUUUGUUUGCUUUUGUGCCUCCUUGUCGUAUUGCUCAUGGAUGGAUUGCUUUUAUUUGCUCUCUUCUUUUUAUUAGUGGGAUAGCUUACAUUGUAACAAAGCUCACAGAUCUUAUAAGCUGCGUCACAGGAAUAAAUGCUUAUGUCAUUGCAUUUACGGCAUUAGCUAGUGGGACUUCAUGGCCAGACUUGGUGGCAAGUAAGAUUGCUGCUGAACGCCAAACAACAGCAGAUUCUGCCAUUGCAAACAUCACUUGCAGCAAUUCAGUGAACAUAUAUGUGGGCAUCGGAGUGCCCUGGCUUGUAGACACUGCCUACAAUUUCUUUAUGUAUAGGGAACCCUUGCGGAUUGAGAAUGCAGCGGGACUCAGCUUCUCAUUGCUUGUUUUCUUUGCUACUUCUGUGGGCUGUAUUGCUGUUCUUGUGUACAGGCGUCUGACCCUGGGUGCAGAGCUUGGAGGGCCAAGGAUUUGGGCCUGGGUAACGAGUGUGUACUUCAUGCUGCUUUGGCUUAUUUUUGUGGUGCUGUCCUCCCUCAGAGUUUCUGGCAUCAUUUGAUAGGAAUUUUUUAUUAAAGUUUUCUUCAACUAUUUUUGGUUACUCUUCCUAUCCCAUAGUUUUAGUUACAGCAACAAUUUUAUCGUUCAUCUGUUGUAUUCUUGUUACGACUUCCUUUGUAUUAUCAGUUAUAAAUUACCUUUUGUUUUUUUUUUUCACAUCAAGGUUAUUGGUUUUGUGUGCUUCUUGUA